UUCAGUAAUCAGUGUAGAUUAGAAUUGAACCGAAAUCCCGAACCACCGGAAUAAUUCCGAUUCAAGAUUCCAGUUGGGUUUGCCCCGCAUUCUCUCGCAGGUUUUCGUUUUCAAUGGCAUCUCCGUUCUCAAAUUUCAAAUACGCGGAUAGCCUCACCGUGGUAGGUAUCUCUCUCUGCACUGCGAUUGUUUGCGAGGCAAUCUCAUGGGUCCUUAUCUACCGCACCAGUUCCUACAAGAACCUUCGAUCCUCCAUCGACAAAGCCGCCAAGAAGCUCGAGACCAUGAAGGUUGACACCAACAAGAUUAACGUCAAGAAGUCCAAGACCAAAAAGAUCGAUCGUGUCGAGACCAGCCUCAAAGAAUCCAGCCGUGACUUGUCCCUCUUUAAGUUCAAGUCCGGCGGUGUCGUCGCUCUCGUUCUCUUCGUCGUCUUUGGGCUACUCAACUCCCUCUUCGAAGGCAAGGUAGUCGCUAAAUUGCCCUUCCACCGUUUGGGCUUAUCAUGAAGAUGAGCCAUCGAGGGUUGCAGGGUAAACGAUUCCACCGAUUGUUCCAUGGCGUUUCUAUAUUUUUUGUGUUCGAUUAGUAUUCGAACAAAUUUGCAGAAGUUGUUGGGAUUCGCACCGCCAAGGGGUGCGAGUCCCGGUCUGUUCCCGAUGCCGGAUCCGAAGACCAACUGAUUGGGUCAUUUUAUUUGCAAAACUUAUCGAUGUUGCUAGGCUAGAGGAGGUAGUUUGGGAAUCGCAUAAGUCCUUUGCGGGUGAUUGAUUCACUAAUGGAACCCAAUAUAAUUUCAGCUGUUAAUUGCUAUGACUUUUCUUUAGAAGGUUCUACUUCGGUUUUACAGUCGCAAUUUAUUUUCAGACACUUUAAUCUAUAUCGAAUAAUGGCUAUCAUUUUUUAAGUUACUAGUGAUUCAAUGAUUUGAUUUCC